AUGACGGUGACGAUGGCGCCGAAAACCAAGACCAAGGCCAAAUGGAUUCCGAGAACGAAGGCGAACGUGUUGCUGGGAUUGUGCGAACCCAAGCCGGUGAAGGAACCGGUCAUAUCCGAUCUGAACGAUCAACGACCACCGAGGCUUCCUUGGGGAACAGGUCUCAGCCAAGGCGCUCGCAAGCGGCGACGAGCGAGGGAAGCUGUGCAAGUGGCACGUGCGAAGAGGUUGGAGGCGCGAGGGGUCACGGACAAGGAGAAGGUGGACAAGAACCGAGGUCGUCGUUCGAUGAGCCCUUCUUUACCGUUUAAUGUGAAGCAGGACGAUUCUGGUGAUGAGGGGGUGGCCGCAGAAUCCUUGCUGCAGCCUGCCUUGGAUUCACUGGAGGAGGAAAUGCAGGAAAACAUUUCGGCGGAUCGCGGCGACACUCCUGACUCGCCCCUCUACUCGCCGUCGUCACCAUCGAUCCCUCUCAAAACCUUCGAAAUGGUAGAUAGGCUCGUACCUUCUGACCGCGACUACUUCCGCGCCUACUUUGCCGAGCUCGCUCGUCGAAACGUGACCGUGCGAUCGAUCCUCUGA